AUGUCAACUCGUAAGCAGCGAUCGAAAAACGUGGCAAGUCAACAAGCUGAGCUGUCGUCCAAUCAGGGUUCUAAUUCGACUUUGGACUCAUCCCAUGUGUCAUCACGUCAAGAAGAGAAAGAGUUCCUGGGAAACCUCAAUAGUCGACUUGGGGCCUACAUUGAUCGUGUGCGCCAACUGGAACAGGAAAAUAAUCGAUUGAUUGUGCAAAUCAAGGACAUCGAGAUCGUCGAAAAGAAAGAGAAGGACAACUUGGCUGGUCGCUAUGAGGUGGAGAAGGAUCGUCUUCGUCAACAAUUGGAUAUCAAUGCAGCUCGCUUGGCAAAACUGGAGAUUGAAAGGGACACUGCUGUAGCUGGAAGCGAGGAAUUGGAGGCUCGAGUGAUUCGACUUGAACGCGAUCUGAAGUCGGCAGAGAAUCAGCGAGCUCAGGCCCAAGGUCUUCUCGAUAACAUCCAGGCUCGUCUCAGCGGACUCGAAAACAAGAACAAGUCGCUCGAUGCAGAGAAUGGGGAGCUUCACAAGGAAAAUGAUCGUCUACGCAAACAAGUGGCCGCUUUGAAGAAAUCGCUUGAGGAUGAAAGCUUUUUGCGUGCUGAACUUCAGAACAAGCUUCGAUCUGCUACGGAAGAACUGGACUUUGAGCGAAAUAAUCAUCGCCAGCAAAUCGAGGAUGUUCGCCGCAAGCGUCAAGUGGAGAUGACGACGAUGUCAAAGCAAAUCGAGUCGGAGUACGAGAACCAAUUCAACGAGAGACUUCAAGAGAUGCGCCAAGAUUUUUCCGACAAGCUUGCCGCCAAUCGUGCAAAUUUCGAUGACCAAUACAAGAACAAACUCAACGAGGCACACGAUUCGGCCGAGAGAUUCCGCGAUGAAGCCUUCCGCUUGCGUCUCCAGGUUUCGGAUUUGGAGAAGCAACACCAGAGUAUGGAUACAAUGCAGCGAAAGGUGGCGGCACUUGAGUCAGAGCUUGAUCGCCUCCGACGGGAGAUGGAUGACAAGCUGGCUUCAAAAGACGAUCGUAUUUACCAACUCAACCAGGAGAUUCAACGAAUGAUGCAAGAAUACCAGGAUCUCAUCGACAUCAAAAUUCAACUGGAUGCCGAGUUGAAAGUCUAUCAAGCAUUGCUGGAAGGAGAGGAAUCACGCCUCAAUCUUACAUCGGGAACUUCACCAAAUGUCUCCACUCGCCAUGUUUCUUUCACCACUAGCAGCGGAACAAAAUCUGCCCAGCGUGGAGCCAAAAGAAAGCGUGUCAGCAAUGGAGAUGAAUACCCGGAAUUUUCGCAUCAUCAAAGACGUUAUGAAAGCGGCAACAAAGGAGCAAUCUCGAUCGAGGGAGCUGACAUCGAUGGAAAGUCAAUCUCAUUGCGCAACAACUCUGAGGAAGAUGUUUCUCUUGGAGGAUGGGAGCUCAAAGUUAUGGCCGAUGAUCGCGAGGUGGUUUACAAAUUCAACCAGAAGUUGACGCUUCGAGGCAAUCACACUGUCAAUGUUUGGUCGGCGGAUUCCGGAACCAAGCACUCGCCACCACACGAUCUUGUGAUGAAGAAUCAAAACUGGCCAAUUGGCUCCAAUCCAGAAGCGGCUCUUGUUGACUCGUUUGGUGAAAAGCAGGCAUGGAUGUUGGCUACACACGACUCUCAAUCCGGCGAGAACCCAGGAGACCGUUGCUCCAUCAUG